CGCGUUCGGAAAAUAAUUUGUGAUUUUUGUGUAAUAAAACGCCGUAAACUCAUCAACUGUUUGGCCUUUGAGCCACGCUUACUGCAAUCAUGUCCACUUGCAUCGAAAUUCCGCUGCAGGACACAGAUGAGGUCAUCGAAGUGGACCCGGAUCAACUGCCCGAAUGCUCCGAGGUGUUCAGCAUAUUGCUGCAGGAGCGUGCGCCGUUACACGUAUGGGUCAAUGUGGCGCUGGCGUACUACAAGCAGAAAAAGACGGAUGACUUCAUUAUGCUGCUGGAGGCAGCUCGUGAGAAGGGCACCUUGGACUAUCGUGACUUUAAAACGGAUCAAAUGCGCGCCUUCGACAUGCUGGCCGCCCACUAUGUGCAGGAAGCGUAUAGGGAAAAGUCCAAGGAUAAAAAGCGCGAGCUGUUCAUGAAGGCCACCAAUCUGUACACGAAUGCGGACAAGAUCAUCAUGUACGAUCAAAGCCAUUUGCUGGGACGUGCCUACUUCUGCCUGCUGGAAGGCGAUAAAAUGGAUCAGGCAGAUGCGCAGUUCAACUUCGUGCUCAAUCAAUCUCCAUCAAAUAUACCAUCGCUGCUGGGCAAGGCGUGCAUUGCCUUCAAUCGCAAGGAUUACCGCGGUGCCAUGGCCUUCUACAAGAAAGCACUACGCACGAACCCCAAUUGUCCAGCCAAUGUGCGCAUUGGCAUGGCGCACUGCUUUCUAAAAAUGGGCAAUGCAGAGAAGGCAAAAUUGGCAUUCGAGCGUGCCCUGCAGCUGGACCAGCAAUGCGUGGGCGCCCUAAUUGGCCUGGCUGUGCUUAAACUAAAUCAACUAGAGCCGGAAUCUAACAAGCUGGGCGUGCAAAUGCUUUCCAAGGCCUACACCAUCGACAAUGCAAAUCCUAUGGUCUUAAAUCAUUUGGCCAAUCACUUCUUUUUCAAAAAGGACUACCAGAAGGUGCACCAUCUGGCGCUCCACGCCUUCCACAAUACCGAAAACGAGGCGAUGCGCGCCGAGAGCUGUUACCAGCUGGCAAGAAGCUUUCAUGCACAGAGCGACUAUGAUCAGGCCUUCCAAUACUACUAUCAGUCCACACAGAUUGCGCCAGCUAACUUUGUGCUGCCCCACUACGGACUCGGACAGAUGUACAUCUAUCGCGGAGAUACGGAAAACGCGGCGCAGUGCUUUGAGAAAGUGCUUAAAAUUCAGCCAGGCAACUACGAGACCAUGAAAAUCCUCGGCUCUCUGUAUGCGCACUCCAAUUCGCAGACCAAGCGCGACAUGGCCAAGACACACCUUAAAAAGGUCACCGAACAGUUUCCCGAGGACAUAGAAGCCUGGAUCGAGUUGGCGCAGAUACUGGAGCAAAAUGAUUUGCAAGCCUCGCUGAAUGCCUAUGGCACUGCCUCGAGCAUUUUGCGUGACAAGGCCAAAUACGAAAUUCCAGCGGAGAUACAAAACAACGUCGCCUCACUUCAUUAUCGUCUGGGCAAUCUGAAACUGGCCAAGGACACGCUGGAGUCGGCACUGCAGCAUGCCAGCUCCGAGAUGGACAAGGACGUGAAGUAUUACGAGUCCAUACAGGUGACCAUGAAAUAUAAUCUGGCUCGCCUCAAUGAGGCCAUGAGCAGCUUUGAUGUGGCCGAUAAGCUGUACAAGGAGAUACUCAAGGAGCAUCCCAACUAUAUUGAUUGCUAUCUGCGACUAGGCUGCAUGGCGCGUGAUAAGGGUCUGAUCUUUGUCGCAUCCGAUUUCUUCAAGGAUGCACUCAAUAUAAACAAUGACAAUCCGGAUGCUAGAUCGCUGCUUGGCAAUUUGCAUUUGGCCAAAAUGCAAUUCGCGCUGGGCCAAAAGAACUUUGAGACAAUACUUAAGAAUCCGGCUACGGCCUCGGAUGCCUAUUCGCUGAUAGCGUUGGGCAAUUUCUCGCUGCAGACACUGCAUCAGCCCAGUCGGGACAAGGAGAAGGAGCGCAAGCAUCAGGAAAAAGCGCUGGCUAUUUUCAAGCAGGUGUUGCGCACAGAUCCACGCAAUAUUUGGGCCACCAAUGGCAUCGGCGCCGUGCUCGCCCACAAGGGCUGUGUCAUCGAGGCACGCGACAUAUUUGCCCAGGUGCGCGAGGCCACCGCCGACUUUUGCGAUGUGUGGCUAAACAUUGCCCACGUCUACGUCGAGCAGAAGCAGUACAUCAGCGCCAUACAGAUGUACGAGAAUUGCAUGAAAAAGUUCUACAAGCACAACAAUGUCGAGGUGAUGCAGUACCUCGCACGAGCCUAUCUGCGGGCCAAUAAGCUGGUGGAGGCCAAGGCUGUACUGCUCAAAGCGCGUCGUGUCGCGCCCCAGGACACCGUACUGCUGUUCAAUAUAGCUGUAGUGCUAUCCCGUCUGGCCAUGGCCAUACUCAAGGAUGAGAAGUCGACACUGGAAGUGGUGCUGCAGGCGGUGCAUGAACUCGAGUUGGCCCACAAAUAUUUCCAAUACCUGUCUGUGCACGGAGACAAGACGCGCUUCAACAUUGAGGUGGCAGGCGUGGAGGCCAACACCUGUCAGGAUCUCUUGUCGCAAGCGCAAUACCAUGUGGGACGUGCGCGUCGCAUUGAUGAGGAAGAUCGCACGCUGCGUCGCCGCCAAGAGGAGGAACGCGAAGCCUUCAAGCUAAAGAUGCAGGAGCAGCGCAAGCGACGCGAGGAAGAGGCCAAAACGUCUCGAGAUCAGCUGCUGGCCAAGCGACAGGAAUACGUAGAGAAGACCAAGAAUUUGCUGAUCAUAGCGGACGCACCAACCGAAAAAGAACGCAAGAAAGGCAGCGGACGACCGCGCAAGGAUGAUUACAUCUCCGGCACAGAUAGCGGUGAUGGGGCUCCGCGCGAGGGUGCCGAACGGCCCACCAAGAAGAAGAGCAAGGCUGAGCGCAAGAAGGGCAGCGGACGCAAACGCAAGGCAGAAAAGUAUGAGAGCGACAGCGAAGAGGAAUCUGCUGGCGGGGGUGACAAAAAGCAGAAGAAAAAGAAACAACAGCAAAAGAACGCCAAGGAAGCCAAGGAGAAGCUGUCCGCCAAGCAGCGUCUCAAAAUUGUCUCCAAGGAGACAAUAUCGACCAGCGAGUCCGAGAGCGAUGGCAAGCGCAGUCGCAGCAGAAGCAGAAGCCGUAGCAAAUCCGGCAGUCGCAGUGGCAGCCGCUCAGGCAGUGCCAGCGGCAGCGAUCGCAGUCGCAGCAGAAGCCGCAAGAGCGGUAGUCGCAGUCGCAGUCGGAGCGGCAGCCGUUCCGGCAGCGCCAGUGGCAGCGAUCAUGGACGGAAGCGCAGCCGGAGCCGCAGUGGCAGCGAAAGCGAUGGCGUUGCACAGCGCAAGCGACCCAAAAAUCGCAUUGAAUCUGGCGGCGAAUCGGAUAGGUCACGAUCACGUUCAGGCUCAAGAUCACGUUCUCGCUCCAAGUCUGGCUCCCGUUCACGCUCGAAGUCUGCAUCCCGAUCGCGUUCCCGCUCAGGCACCCGCUCGAAAUCCAAGUCGAAGUCCAAAUCAAAAUCAAUGUCCCGAUCACGUUCUCGCUCGCGCACCCACUCCAAGUCCAAGUCGCGCUCGCGAUCUCGUCUCGGCAGCGGCUCGCGUUCGCCAUCGCGCAGCCGUUCUCGAUCUCGUUCCGGGUCAGCGGCUAGUAAUUAAGUGCAUGCCGCAGAUGCAGCUCCACAUUGAGCAGCUCAUCAAGCUUCAACUUAAGUUAACCCUUAUAUGUAACUCGUGCAGAAUGCAAAAUAUGAAAUGUGUUGGAACAAUAUAAGCUGAGGACUU